CAUUGGAUUCAUUGAUAACAGAGCCCGUCUGUUGAUAAUAAUGUCAUUGUAUUUUCCUGGAUUUUCCGACCACAAGUUCUUCACGCACUUUAACGUUUAACUUAAUUCUCAAUGUCGGAGUUUCGAAAGCGUGCCAAAGUUCCUUUAUCAGCCUUGCGCCUCUGGGUCCCACCACUGAGGCUACUGUCAGCAUUUCUGUGGCGGAUUGCAGAGCAGCGCCUAGUCAAAUACUACACCAGGCUGGAGGAGUUUGUCUCAGUUGUUCUGGAGAUUGUCCCAGACCUACUGAGUGCUAAGGAGAGGGUUGAACUACUCUUUGGCCUGAGAGCGAGGUUUAUUCUAGAGUUAUGCAACGAUCAGCCGUCAGUAACACUGCAGAUCAUGCAACCACACCUGGAAAGAGUCUUGAGCGUUGCUAAAUCCGUCUCCGUUGAUAAGAUUGGAGAUCAAACCAUUGAUGUUGCUGUGAGGAACUUUGUUGAUCUCAUCCAAACGCUUCUGUGGGAUCCCACAUACAGGAAUCAUUUCUUCCAGGACAUUUACCCAUUGCAUUAUGGCCCCAAAUAUGACACAGCACUUCAAUUACUUGUGUGGGAGUUCCUUUGCAGACUGGAAUUGUUAAUCCCAGUGCCUAGCUUCCAUCAGGCUUCCUCUUGGUUUGGUGAAGACCCCUUACUCUUGGAGGAGUCUUUAGGAAUGAUCAAUGACCCAAAAGAAGUUCAAACGUUGUUGCUGCACUUCAGUCAUGUUGGACACUUGUACGAAGGGUCAACAUUUUCGCCCAUCUCGGCCAACACUAUUCUCUCCACAUUGUCAGUCUCUUUUUCUGUGAAAACAGUCCUUAGUCGCUGUGAACAGGCCGAGAAAUGUGUGUCAACCACCCAUGUGACCCAAGCUUCAGGAAAUGAAGCAGCUAGACAUGGAGACUUGAAGGAAGAAGUCCAACAUGGAGACAUGAGUUAUGGAGAUGAGGAUGGAGAUGGGGAUGUGCUUGAUCCACAGAGAGACACUGAUCAAGGUCACUUGAGUGAGUGUGAAAGCCCAGUAAGCAACAGGAAGGAGCGAGAAGAUCUGGCAUCCAACCAGGAGCGAGAAGAUCUGGCAUCCAACCAGGAGCGAGAAGAUCUGGCAUCCAACCAGGAGCGAGAAGAUCUGGCAUCCAACCAGGAGCGAGAAGAUCUGGCAUCCAACAAGGAGCAAGAAGAUGUGGCAUCCAACCAGGAGCGAGAAGAUCUGGCAUCCAACAAGGAGCGAGAAGAUCUGGCAUCCUCAAGAGAAGAGCCUGGGUCGUCCGCACCACAAGACAGCUUGAUGGAGGAGGAAUCCCCGUCAGUGAGUGCAUCGGAUGACUCUGCCAGUCAGCUAGUACAGAAUGGAUGCGCAGGGCUUAGGAAUGCUUUUACAAAAUCAAGUCUUAUCAAAAAUCAGACUGGUUUGCCUGGAGAAAGGCGCCACCUUUGCACUCACUGUGGUAAGAGAUUUAAACACAAAGGCCAUUUGAAGGACCACAUACGCAUUCAUACAGGGGAACGACCCUUUGGCUGCUCAGUCUGUGGAAGGAGGUUCUCUCGGAGUUCAAGUCUGAGGCAACAUAUGAGAUUGCACACUGCUGACAGACCAGGCAGCAAGAGGCAGAAGCGAAUAGUUCUGACACCCUCAGGAGAAGGACCUGGGGUGCCCCCACCACGAGACAGCAUGGAGGAAGGUUCCCAGUCAGUCAGCACAGGUCACUUGAGUGAGUGUGAAAGCCCAGUAAGCAACAGGAAGGAGCGAGAAGAUCUGGCAUCCAACCAGGAGCGAGAAGAUCUGGCAUCCAACCAGGAGCGAGAAGAUCUGGCAUCCAACCAGGAGCGAGAAGAUCUGGCAUCCAACAAGGAGCGAGAAGAUCUGGCAUCCUCAAGAGAAGAGCCUGGGUCGUCCGCACCACAAGACAGCUUGAUCGAGGAGGAAUCCCCGUCAGUGAGCGCAUCGGAUGACUCUGCCAGUCAGCUAGUACAGAAUGGAUGCGCAGGGCUUAGGAAUGCUUUUACAAAAUCAAGUCUUAUCAAAAAUCAGACUGGUUUGCCUGGAGAAAGGCCCCACCUUUGCACUCACUGUGGUAAGAGAUUUAAACUCAAAGGCCAUUUGAAGGACCACAUACGCAUUCAUACAGGGGAACGACCCUUUGGCUGCUCAGUCUGUGGAAGGAGGUUCUCUUGGAGUUCAAGUCUGAGGCAACAUAUGAGAUCGCACACUGCUGACAGACCAGGCAGCAAGAGGGGUAAGCGAAUAGUUCUGACACCCUCAGGAGAAGGACCUGGGGUGCCCCCACCACGAGACAGCAUGGAGGAAGGUUCCCAGUCAGUCAGCACAGGUGAUGACUCUGCAAGUAGGCACCCACGACAUACAUGUGCAGAAUGUGGCAGUGUCUUUUUUUCAAGAUCUGGUUUUGUUAAACACAAGCAAACCAUUCACACGGGAGAACGGCCCCACCUCUGCUCUUACUGUGGGAAGACGUUCAGAGUGAAGACCACUUUGGAUUGCCACUUGCGCGUUCACACGGGGGAACGACCCUACUGCUGCCCAGUCUGUGGGAAGAGGUUCAUCCAGAAAUCGAACCUGGUUGCCCAUGAGCGAUUACACACAGGUGAGAGGCCCUACCUGUGUUCCGUCUGCGGAAAGGGAUUCCCCGCCUCGGGGGCGUUGUUAGUUCACACACGACACCAUACGGGAGAGCGGCCGUACAAGUGUGAGUUCUGUCCGAAAAGUUACACCAGGUCGUGCCGUCUGGCUAUACACAGGAGAGUCCACACGAAGGAGAAGCCGUUUCCUUGUACAACGUGUAAGAAGCGGUUUAGUUCAGCCAGCCUCCUGACGAGACAUAUACGAACACAUACAGGGGAGAAACCGUAUGAAUGUUUACAAUGUGGCAAACGAUUUUCUUUGGGAAGCAAUAUGAAAGUUCAUCAACGUGUACAUAGGGGGGAGCCGAAUGUUCGGAGAGCAUCUCUAUGUGAAAAUAUGUGGAGCUUUCCUUUAUCAGCCUUGCGCCUCUGGGUCCCACCACUGAGGCUACUGUCAGCAUUUCUGUGGCGGGUUGCAGAGCAGCGCCUAGUCAAAUACUACACCAGGCUGGAGGAGUUUGUCUCAGUUGUUCUGGAGAUUGUCCCAGACCUACUGAGUGCUAAGGAGAGGGUUGAACUACUCUUUGGCCUGAGAGCGAGGUUUAUUCUAGAGUUAUGCAACGAUCAGCCAUCAGUAACACUGCAGAUCAUGCAGCCACACCUGGAAAGAGUCUUGAGCGUUGCUAAAUCCGUCUCCGUUGAUGAGAUUGGAGAUCAAACCAUUGAUGUUGCUGUGAGGAACUUUGUCGAUCUCAUCCAAACCCUUCUGUGGGAUCCCACAUACAGGAAUCAUUUCUUCCAGGACAUUUACCCAUUGCAUUAUGGCCCCAAAUAUGACACAGCACUUCAAUUACUUGUGUGGGAGUUCCUUUGCAGACUGGAAUUGUUAAUCCCAGUGCCUAGCUUCCAUCAGACUUCCUCUUGGUUUGGUGAAGACCCCUUACUCUUGGAGGAGUCUUUAGGAAUGAUCAAUGACCCAAAAGAAGUUCAAACGUUGUUGCUGCACUUCAGUCGUGUUGGACACUUGUACGAAGGGUCAACAUUUUCGCCCAUCUUGGCCAACACUAUUCUCUCCACAUUGUCAGUCUCUUUUUCUGUGAAAACAGUCCUUACUCGCUGUGAACAGGCCGAGAAAUGUGUGUCGACCACCCAUGUGACCCAAGCUUCAGGGAAUGAAGCAGCUAGACAUGGAGACUUGAAGGAAGAAGUCCAACAUGAAGACAUGAAUGAUGGAGAUGAGGAUGGAGAUGGGGAUGUGCUUGAUCCACAGAGAGACACUGAUCAAGGUCACUUGAGUGAGUGUGAAAGCCCAGUAAGCAACAGGAAGGAGCGAGAAGAUCUGGCAUCCAACCAGGAGCGAGAAGAUCUGGCAUCCAACAAGGAGCGAGAAGAUCUGGCAUCCAACAAGGAGCGAGAAGAUCUGGCAUCCUCAAGAGAAGAGCCUGGGUCAUCCGCACCACAAGACAGCUUGAUGGAGGAGGAAUCCCCGUCAGUGAGCGCAGCGGAUGACUCUGCUAGUCAGCUUGUACAGGAUGGAUUCGCAGGGCUUAGGAAUGCUUUUAUAAAAUCAAGUCUUAUCAAAAAUCAGACUGGUUUGCCCGGAGAAAGGCCCCACCUUUGCACUCACUGUGGUAAGAGAUUUAAACACACAUCCCAUUUGAAGGACCACAUACGCAUUCAUACAGGGGAACGACCCUUUGGCUGCUCAGUCUGUGGAAGGAGGUUCUCUCAGAGUUCACAUCUGAGGCAACAUAUGAGAUUGCACACUGCUGACAGGCCAGGCAGCAAGAGGCGUAAGCGAAAAGUUCUGACACCCUCAGGAGAGGGACCUGGGGUGCCCCCACCACGAGACAGCAUGGAGGAAGGUUCCCAGUCAGUCAGCACAGGUGAUGACACUGCAAGUGGGCACCCACGACAUACAUGUGCAGAAUGUGGCAGUGUCUUUUUUUCAAGAUCAGGUCUUGUUAAACACAAGCAAACCCAUGCGAAGGAGAAGAUGGCACCACAAAAGAGUGGAAUUGUCACCAGGAUGUUGAUUCCUAAACUAAACAACACAGCCGCAAAUAACUUCUGUUCACAAUCAGGUCUCAGUAGACACAAGAAGAAACAUGCAGGAGAGAGAAAAGAAAUGAGUAGAGUUGGUACAAAAAUGCUGAGACCUCAGCCAGACAGCGCAACCCCACUUGCGUAUACGUGCACCGAUUGUGGCAAAACCGUCUCUCGGAAACGGGAUCUAGCUAAGCAUCGAACCAUUCACACGGGAGAACGGCCCCACCUCUGCUCUUACUGUGGGAAGACGUUCAGAGAGAAGAACACUUUGGAUUGCCACUUGCGGGUUCACACGGGGGAACGACCCUACUGCUGCACAGUCUGUGGGAAGAGGUUCAUCCAGACAUCGAACCUGGUCGCCCAUGAGCGAUUACACACAGGUGAGAGGCCCUACCUGUGUGCCGUCUGCGGCAAGGGAUUCCACACUUCGGGAACCUUGUUAGUUCACACACGACUCCAUACGGGAGAGCGGCCGUACAAGUGUGAGUUCUGUCCGAAAAGUUACCCCUUGUCGUACCGUCUGGCUAUUCACAGGAGAGUCCACACGAAGGAGAAGCCGUUUGCUUGUACAACGUGUAAGAAGCGGUUUAGUUCAGGCAGCCUCCUGACGAGACAUAUACGAACACAUACAGGGGAGAAACCGUAUGAAUGUUUACAAUGUGGCAAACGAUUUUCUUUGGGAAGCAAUAUGAAAGUUCAUCAACGUGUACAUAGGUGACAUCUACGACCUGGUGCUGAUUUAGCAUUGGUGGGGCUAAACACUUGAAUGUCAGCUGAAGGUGGACAGUGUGGUGCUACGGUUGAGCUUUGAUAAGUGCUGCUGUUCUCCCUCUAAUGGUGAAGGGGAGUUGAGGUCAAAUCAAAAGGAAGUCUGUGUCUCGGUGCUGGAAAUAUCAUUUAUAGAUUGCACUCCUAUCCAGAUGUUUAUAUUUAUAAAAUAAACUUGUUUUUUCUCUGUA